AUGGAUGUAUCAGGACCAGAAGUUUGGUACAACAACUUGCCAAAUGUGACAAAAUAUAUGAUAUUAAUAAUUUUUUUUGUUACAUUAUUAAUAACAUGUAAUUUAUUAAAUGUAGUACACAUAUUAUUAGAUUGGAAUUUAAUAUAUAAUAAAUAUCAAAUAUGGAGAAUUUUUUUUAACUUUUUUUAUGUGGGAAAUUUCUCACUUUCUUGGGUAUUUUUUAUGUCCUUGUUUGCUCAAUUCUCAUCAUCUUUGGAAAAAAAUGAAAUGUUUUCCAUGCCCGGCUCCUAUUUAUAUUUUAUAACUAUUCAUUGUGUCUUUCUAUCAAUAAUAAGUAUCCUGUUCUACUGGCCAAGGGGUUAUCCAUUUUUAGGAAACUCUCUGCUAUUUGCAAUAAUCUAUUAUUGGUCUCGAAGAGAAGCAUGGAGUCAUGUCUCGAUUUAUUUCUUUACAGUUAAAGGCUACCAAUUACCAUUUGCCUUAAUAUUUUUACACCUAAUAAUGGGGCAAUCAUUAUGGAGCGAUAUUAUGGGACUUUUAUCAGGCCAUUUUUAUUAUUUUUUAAGGGAGAUUCUUCCAAGAGAAGGGGGACCUAAUCUCGUGGAAAAGACUCCCAAGAUAUUCGAAAAAAUAAUGACCAAGCUAGGAAAUUUCACAAUAAAUAACGGAGCAAGAAAUAGUUACACCAGAUAUGGUUAUGGACAUACAAAUAAUCAACCACCAACAACCAAUAUGGGGUCAAGAAGAGUUUUCAUUGGAAGGGGUAUGCGAUUAGGUGGCAAUUGA